CCCAAGCGAUGAGUUCUGCCAGUAUCAGUUGUGCAGAUCUUUCGUCUCAGAACAGUUUUGAAACUCGAGAAGCUCAAGUGUUCCCUGUUGAAAAAAAAAUCCGAAUCAAAAUGAAGGCAGUAGCAAUUUUGAUGAUUUUGGCGAUGGUCAGCGUUUUGGACUUUGCUGCUGCAGCACCCAAAUUUCAGCGGGGACGUGUUGAACGAUGGGCCCAGGAUCCCGAGCCUACCGAGGGCGCACCAGAGGCCGAAUCGGAAAAACCGGAAGAGGAAGCAGAGGAAAAGGAAGAGGAAACUUCGGAGGAUGAAAGUGGUGGCGAUGAAGCCGAAGGGGAAGAUCAUCAUGGGAAACAUUGCCCCCAUGAUGAAGAAUCUGGACAAUCCGAAUCUGAACCAAAUGCUGAGGGGCCUGCCAAGUCGGAAAAGUGAAGUUAGAUUAGGUGGCAUGUCGGUGUAGCUCGAUAAUAUUUUGUUAUUAUGAAGUUCUGUAUUACAUAGGCGUAAGUGCAGUAAUAAAAUUAUUGAUAAACAAUUAUUCUCUUUAUAAAAUGAGGAAAUUUGAUCUAUAUGAAUAUGUGUUUUGAUAUCAAGUUUUUACAGAAAAAAACAAAAAUAAAAAACUGGUUAUAUUGAUAUA